AACAAGAUGUGAUAUACUGUGUGAUAUAUUAUAUGCAGCUCUGAUCAAGCUUCAAACUUUCGUAAACGCUUGUCAAACGAGACGUUGAUGAAACUUAUGAAGGAGAAAUCCCAUAAUAAGGCGUCAUCAGACAGUUCGAGUAGCGGGCAUUCAUCAGGAGUUCAUCACAACACUCAGGGUAUCCAACAGUUUCUCGCUGCCGAGAAAAGGGCUGCAGAAAGGGUCGCAGAAGCCAGAUUACGUAAGGCACGAAGAAUCAAGCAGGCUAGAGACGAAGCAACUGCGGAGAUAGAGCAAUAUAGAGCCGAGAGGGAGAAGCAGUUCAGGGAGUACGAGGCUAAACACAUGGGAUCCAGAGAAGACAUCGCUGCCAAGAUCGACCGAGACACAGAGGAGCAUUUGAAGGAGAUUGAGGAGAAUAUUAGGAAGAAUAAGGAUGCAGUGGGUACCUUUUUCGUCAUUUUUAAGAAACCGUAAUGUCGAUAGACAACUCUGUCGCAAUUUGGAAGCAACUUUUUUGGAAUUGCUAUUGAAAAACAAUCUGUCUAAACUUAUUUGAAGUUUCGUGGUAACUUGUAAAGUAUCUUUGUGCCAGUGUUUGUUAGAUUUUUGAUCAUUGUUGGGAUGACAAUCAAUGAAGCGCGUUAUGAUUUUGACAGAAACGCAUAGGUGUAGAUGAGGCAAUGGUUCCUUAUUUUGAGAGACACUCAUGCAAACAGUUCAUUCACGGAAAACCUGUACGAUACGGCUAUAAAUUAUGGGUUGGCCCAUCAACAAUAGGCUACGUUUACUGGGUUGAACCUUACCAAGGGUCGUCAACCAACAUUAGGAAGAAUUAUGCAGAUUUGGGGGUUGGU